AAAAAGGCCAAACCACCACCCCACAGAAACAGAUGAUGCGUUUGGUGCUAUCUCCACAAUUUCCACCGGCUUUCUUUCUUUCUCAAACUUCUCUAUCCCUACUCUUACUGAAUUGUCAGGGAUGUCGUUCCUGUAGCUUCCCAUUUUUGCUUGAACUCCUUUUCUCUCUCGAGCCUCUGAAAGCUGAAUUCUAAGCUCCAAUUCCCAGUCGGAAUUCGGCUGCGGUAUAAUGGCUGUAUGUGGGUGUAUAUCUACGGUUAACAUGAAUUGGCAGAGUGAUAUAAAGGGAACGAGAGGUAUAGGACCUCCCCCAGGAUUUGGUUAUAGGAACACAUCAAGCCAAAAAAUUUCGUUAGCUUUUGGAGGAAGCGAGUCCAUGGGUCUUAGAUUGAGACUUCCUUGCUCACGCCUUGUUAAAAGCAGUUUGAGGAAUUAUGGCUUGCAGGUAGUUUGCGUAGACUGUCCAAGGCCAGAGCUUGAAAAUACAGUUAAUUUCUUAGAAGCAGCUUACUUGUCUUCAACAUUUCGCACUUCGUCACGUCCAACCAAACCAUUAGAGGUUAUUAUUGCGGGUGCAGGGUUAGCUGGUUUGUCGACUGCUAAAUAUUUGGCAGAUGCUGGUCAUAAACCUAUACUACUGGAGGCAAGAGAUGUUCUAGGUGGAAAGGUUGCUGCCUGGAAAGAUGAAGAUGGUGACUGGUAUGAGACUGGCCUACACAUAUUCUUUGGGGCAUACCCCAAUGUUCAGAAUCUAUUUGGAGAACUGGGUAUUAAUGAUCGUUUACAGUGGAAGAAGCAUUCUAUGAUUUUUGCUAUGCCAAACAUGCCUGGACAGUUCAGCCGAUUUGAUUUUCCUGAAGUCCUGCCUGCUCCUUUAAAUGGAAUAUGGGCAAUAUUGAGGAACAAUGAGAUGCUGACCUGGCCCGAGAAAGUCAAGUUUGCUUUUGGAUUGCUGCCAGCUAUUCUUGGUGGGCAAGAUUAUGUUGAGGCUCAAGAUGUUUUGUCUGUUCAAGAGUGGAUGAGAAAACAGGGUGUACCUGAUCGAGUAACUGAUGAGGUGUUCAUAGCAAUGUCAAAAGCCCUAAACUUCAUCAACCCUGACGAACUUUCAAUGCAGUGUAUCUUGAUAGCUUUAAACCGAUUUCUUCAGGAGAAGCAUGGUUCAAAAAUGGCCUUUUUGGAUGGGAAUCCUCCAGAAAGACUUUGUAUGCCAAUUGUUGAUCAUAUUCAAUCCUUGGGUGGUGAAGUUCAUCUGAAUUCUCGCAUUCAAAAAAUUGAGCUGAAUGAUGAAGGGACUGUAAAGAACUUGUUAUUAAAUAAUGGGAAGGUGAUUGAUGGGGAUGCUUAUGUGUUCGCGACUCCAGUUGAUAUCUUGAAGCUUCUUCUGCCAAGCGACUGGAAAGAAAUUCCAUAUUUUAAGAAAUUGGAGAAACUGGUUGGAGUUCCAGUCAUAAAUGUUCACAUAUGGUUUGAUAGAAAACUGAAGAACACAUAUGAUCACCUACUCUUUAGCAGAAGUCCCCUCCUGAGUGUAUAUGCUGACAUGUCAGUAACUUGUAAGGAAUAUUAUAGCCCAAACCAAUCUAUGCUGGAGUUAGUUUUUGCACCAGCUGAAGAAUGGAUUUCACGCAGUGAUGAAGAUAUUAUUGAGGCUACAAUGAAGGAACUUUCCAAACUAUUUCCGGAUGAAAUUUCUGCAGACCAAAGCAAAGCGAAGAUCAUCAAGUACCAUGUUGUUAAAACACCAAGGUCUGUUUAUAAAACUGUUCCAAAUUGCGAGCCUUGCCGUCCUGUACAAAGAUCUCCAAUAGAGGGUUUUUAUUUAGCUGGUGAUUAUACAAAACAAAAGUAUUUAGCUUCAAUGGAAGGUGCUGUUCUUUCCGGAAAGCUCUGUGCGCAGGCUAUUGUACAGGAUUCUGAGCUGCUUGUUGCUCGGGGGCAGAGAAGGAGGGUUCAAGCAAGUGUUUGACUAAAUCUGGAAAUGAAGAUGGAUUCUACGUUUGGGGAUAAGCAUCAUUUUGAAAUUUCAAUCCAGUCACCAUUAAAGAUUCAGCUUCAUGGGGAGAUUUUCUAGAUUCUUGAAGUCAAAUGUCUUACUUAUAGACCAUGUGAGCAAUAGUACAUGAAGAAAAGCCGAUUUUAGAAGAUACGCGAUCAUUACUUCUUGUACCCUUUUGGGCUUUGCAAUGGCGGAGUGGAGAGUGACCCUCAUAUUGUAUAGCCGCAAAAGUAUUCGCAGGAAGCUCUUAGUUGAGCAUUCACUUGUAAGGUUAUCAAGAAAGAAUCAGGUUCAAAAUAUGGCUUGUAUCGUACUUGUAAGGAUGUGAUAUAUAUAUAUAUAUAUAUAUAAGUUUAUCA